GGGCAGAGAAAGGCUGAGAUAAGUUCAGCACCACGGACAGAGCAUUAGAGCGCUGGGCAGGAGAAACCAGUUCAGGGAUUUGAGAUGUGCACUGUCAUGCCUUCUUGAACUCCUGAAGGAUUUGCUGUCCGCUACAUCCGCACCCAUUCGUGUCGUCCUUUGGACGGUGGAAACUCGGCUGCUGUUUUGUUGUAGUCGCUAAACAAGGGAGGUGAGAGAGCUGCAGAGAUAAGUGCGCUCUCUUUGCUAGCACAGACCAGUCUGUGUUUUGGCGCCAUCCUUACAUCAUCUCUUUAUUGGGGAGAGAGAGAGGGAGAGAGAGAGCGCGCGCGCGAGAGAGAGAAACUCCGUGCAGCCGGGCUCCUAUCCGCCAGUCCUCAACUGAGAAGCGAGACUGACGGACCGACUGGCGUUACAGCCACUCAGCUGUGUGUUCCCCUCUCCCGCUCUCCUGCGCCCACAGCAGCCGUGAAGAUGCGCCGGCACCGUCCUGCCCAGGGACUGACGUUGUUAUUGCCGGUGGUUUUAUGGAUUUUCUGUCAUGUCAGCGGUGUGCACGGAGCUCUACCAACAACCCAAAAGUGUGAUGAGGCUCUUGCCUCUCCUCUGCCUCACACAGCCUUCACCAGCUCGUCUGUCUUCUCCAGUGGAUAUGCACCUGGAUAUGCCAAGCUCAACAGGAGAGGAGGAGCCGGUGGAUGGUCACCUCUAGACAGUGACCAUUACCAGUGGCUACAGGUGGACCUCGGUUCAAGAAAGCAGGUGAGCGCCAUAGCAACACAGGGUCGCUACAGCAGCUCUGAUUGGACGACGCAGUAUCGCCUUCUCUACAGUGACACAGGAAGGAACUGGAAACCUUAUCAUCAAGAUGGCAACAUUUGGGCUUUCUCUGGGAACUCCAACUCAGAGAGUGCAGUUCGCCAUGAGCUCCAGCAGGGAAUCGUGGCUCGCUUCCUUAGGCUCAUCCCGUUAGAAUGGAGCGAGGAGGGACGGAUUGGUCUGCGAAUAGAAGUUUACGGAUGCUCCUACUGGGCAGACAUCAUCAAUUUUGAUGGGCAGGGUGUGAUCUCAUAUCGUUUUAAGGUGAAGAAGAUGAAGAUCAUUAAGGACGUGAUCGCACUGAGGUUUAAGACGUCAGAAAGUGAGGGUGUGAUUCUCCAUGGGGAAGGCCAGCAGGGAGACUAUAUCACACUGGAACUCCGUAAAGCCAAGCUGCUGCUGCAGAUAAACCUGGGCAGUAAUCAGUAUGGCUCGAUCCUGGGUCAUACCUCUGUGACCACAGGGAGCCUCUUGGAUGACAAUCACUGGCACUCAGUAGUGAUUGAACGCUACCGUCGCAAUGUGAACUUCACCUUGGACAGACACACUCAGCACUUCAGGACUAAUGGAGAGUUUGACCACCUCGAUUUGGACUAUGAACGAAACCUGUCCUUCACCUGUGCGGAGACCCACACCUUCCCAGUCUUUUUCAACGCCACCAGUUUCCUGCAGUUGCCUGGUCGAGCCAAUCAUAACACGGUAUCCGUGGGCUUCCAGUUUCGUACGUGGAACCCUCAUGGCCUCCUCCUAUUCAGCAAUCUUGAUGAUGGCACUCUGGAGAUCUCGCUUGAGGACGGCAAGGUUGCGGUUCACAUCAAUGUGACGAAAGCGGCCAAAAGCUACCGAGUAGAUUUAUCAUCAGGCUCGGGCCUCAAUGAUGGCCAGUGGCAUGCAAUACGUUUGGUUGCCAAGGAGAACUUUGCCAUGUUGACGAUAGACGGCGAGGAGGUGUCUGCUGUGCGCUCCGUCUCACCUCUCAGCAUCACCACGGGAGGAACCUAUCACCUCGGAGGUUAUUUUCUGCAAACACUGUUUCCACCAACCCAGCGUUCGUUUCAAGGCUGCAUGCAAGCAGUCUUAGUUGAUGACCAACCUGCUGAUCUACAUGCUGUGGAGAAAGGCACUAUGGGAGCUUUUGAGAAUGUCAGCCUGGACAUGUGUGCAAUCAUAGACAGAUGUAUGCCCAAUCAUUGUGAACAUGGUGGUCGGUGUAAACAGACCUGGGACAGCUUCAGCUGUACUUGUGAUGGAACUGGAUACACUGGAGCAACAUGUCAUACUUCGAUCUAUGAGCCUUCGUGUGAGGCCUACAAGCAUUUGGGCAAGUCCUCCGAUGCCUACUGGAUCGACCCCGAUGGCAGCGGACCUCUUGGCCCCUUCAAAGUUAACUGCAACAUGACAGAGGACAAAGUAUGGACCACAGUGAUGAACAACCUGCCUCCCAAAACCAUAGUCACAGGCUCCAGCAGAAACAGACGGACCGUGUUACAGGUCAACUACAGUGCCUCAAUGGACCAGGUGACAGCCAUCACCACCAGUGCAGAAUACUGUGAGCAGCAAAUCGCCUACAGCUGUCGCAUGUCCAGACUCCUCAACACUCCAGAUGGGACACCCUACACGUGGUGGGUUGGCAGAGGGAACGAGAAACACUUCUACUGGGGUGGAUCGGGGCCUGGCAUCCAGAAAUGUGCCUGUGGCAUCGACAGGAACUGCACCGACCCCAAGUACGACUGCAACUGUGAUGCUGAUGUCAAACAAUGGAGAGAAGAUUCUGGUCUCCUGGUCUAUCAAGAACACCUGCCAGUCAGCCAGGUCGUGGUGGGCGACACCAACAGGUCAGGCUCUGAGGCCAAGCUAACUGUUGGACCACUUCGUUGUCAAGGAGACAAUAACUACUGGAAUGCAGCAUCGUUCACGACUCCAUCAUCCUACCUGCACUUUGCCACCUUUCAUGGUGAGACCAGCGCUGACAUCUCCUUCUAUUUCAAGACAAGCGCGGCCUAUGGCGUCUUUCUGGAAAAUUUGGGCAACACUGACUUCAUUCGCUUGGAGCUCAAAUCUCCUAAGGUGGUCUCCUUCUCCUUCGAUGUCGGAAAUGGACCAGUGGAGCUGAUUGUGCAUUCAGCUACAUCUCUCAACGACGACCAGUGGCACCGUGUAAUGGCCGAGCGUAACGUGAAAGAGGCUGUCCUUCAGCUGGACCAGACGUACAGGACGUCCAGACUUGCUCCCGCGCAGGGACACACACGGCUCGAGCUGUUCAGCCAGCUCUACGUGGGUGCUGCAGGGGGACAGCGGGGGUUCCUGGGAUGUAUCAGAGCCUUACGAAUGAAUGGCAUCACUCUCGAUCUGGAAGAGAGGGCGAAGGUCACACCUGGGGUCAAGCCCGGUUGCCAAGGCCACUGUAACAGUUUUGGGAUGUACUGCCGGAAUGGGGGAAAGUGUGUGGAGAGGUAUAACGGCUACCUGUGUGACUGCACCGCCACCGCCUACAAUGGUCCGUUCUGCACCAGAGAUGUUGGAGGUUUCUUUGAGGCAGGGACGCUGGUAAAGUACAACUUCCUGCCUGAAGCCAUUGCGGGAGCCAGUAAAGACACCAAGGUGUUGACGCACCAGCUCACACCACAUGAGGUGAAUCUAACAAAGGAGGAGGUGGCCUUUAGUUUCAGCACAUCCAGUGCUCCAGCUGUUCUGAUGUACGUGAGCUCCAAGACGCAGGACUAUCUUGCCGUGGUGUUAAGACAGAAUGGUUCGCUGCAGGUGCGAUAUAACCUGGGUGGUCUGAGGGAGCCGUUCACCAUAGAUGUGGACCAGCGUAACUUGGCCAAUGGACAGCCACAUAGUAUUAACAUGUCCCGUCACGACAGGAGAAUCACCAUCCAGCUGGAUCAUUAUCCUGCAGUCAGCUACAACCUCCCUGAAGACUCAGACACACAGUUUAACCUGGUCAAGACGCUGUUCUUGGGAAAGGUUUAUGAAACUGGACACAUAGACCCAGUCAUCAUCGAGCGUUACAACACCCCAGGUUUCAUUGGCUGCCUGUCGCGGGUGGAGUUCAACGGAAUUGCCCCACUCAAGUCUGCACUCAGAACAGCCGUAAAGUCUCAGGCAACGCCAACAGAAAAGCAGCCUGCAGCUGCGUCACCUGCAUCUUACCAGGGUAAACUGGUGGAGUCCAACUGCGGGGCAUCACCUCUCACUAUCCCACCAAUGUCUGCUGCAACAGAUCCCUGGCAUCUGGACAAAACAGAUGCAGUGUUCCCCUUUAAUGAGGAGAGAGUGAUUCCCGAUGGAGUCAACAGGGACUCUGCCAUCAUUGGAGGUAUUAUUGCAGUGGUGAUCUUCACCAUCUUAUGCACUCUGGUGUUCCUGAUCCGCUACAUGUUCCGUCACAAAGGCACUUACCACACCAACGAGGCAAAGGGCAGCGGGGAGUCGGCCGCGGAAUCAGCGGAUACGGCCAUCAUCGGCACCGACAACCCAGAAACCAUUGACGAAUCAAAGAAGGAAUGGUUCAUCUAACAGCCAAUCAGAAAGAACUCUGAGAGAGGGAAAGCAAUGUUUUAGAUCAUCCGAUGCCACAGAGAUAGAGGUGGUUUAAGUCAAGGCCAAUCACAGAAUGGACAGAGGAUUGGCCAUUCAAAAGGACAAUAAUCUCCCAGGGAAGGUUGGGGCAACGGGGAAGACUGUACAGAAAUCCUUUUGUUUUGUUCUGUUUUUUUAUAUAUCCAGAGUAUUAGAAAGAGAAGGAAGGGACACUUAUCCAACUGAGCACAGCUGUAAGAGACUGUACAUGUAUAUACUAACCGGCUUGUCCUUCUUUGUAUCGUGCUUGGGAGUUUUCAGGAGUCCUUUGAAUACUGUAUAUGACAAAUAAUUAUACUUACUGGGUCGUGUGAUAGCAAAGGUUUAUUGCCAGUCCCUGUUGCGUUUUGAUUUUAUAUUUUAACAAAACUCUUAUAUCAAAAAUGAUCAAA